AUGCUACUCUCUCCAAGCAGUCCAUCCUCCAACUCUGAGGAAGACUCCCAGAACCCAGUUGUGAUAGAAGAGUGGAUAGAUGCACACGAUGCCACAAAUGAUGACGCCUCCUCCAUUUCCUCUUCCACUUUCUACUUACUGUGUUCCCCCUCUUCUUCCUCCUCAUCCUCUCUGAUUCUUGGUGGUCCUGAGGAGGAAGAAGUGUCAUCUGCUGGGAUGUCAAGUCUUCCCCCAAGCACUCCCAGUAGUCCUCCACUGGGUCCUUCACAGUGUCCUCCCCAGAAUCCUCUGGGCUCCUGCUCCUCCUUUAUUUCAGGGAUCCCGUUCAAUGAAGAGUUCAGCAGCCAAAAAGAGGAAGAUACAAGUACCUUUCAGGGCCUGCUAGACAGUGAGCCUUUGUUCAUACAUAAGCUAGAUGAAAAGGUGGCUGAGUUAGUGCAGUUCCUUCUCCUCAAAUAUGAAGCAGGGGAGCCUAUAACAGAGGCAGAGAUGCUGAUGACUGCCGUCAAGUACAAAAACUACCUUCCUAUGAUAUUCGAGAAAGCCCGUGAGUUCAUGGAGCUUCUUUUUGGCCUUGCCCUGACAGAAGUGGACCCUGACCACUUCUAUGCAUUUGAAAACACCGUAGACCCCACCAACAUGGGUAGUGAUGACCAGGGCAUGCCCAAAAACAGCCUCCUGAUUCUUAUUCUGAGUAUAAUCUUCAUAAAAGGUGGCUGUGCUUCUGAGGCGGCCAUCUGGGAAGUGCUGAAUGCAAUAGGGGUGUAUGCUGGGAGGGAGCAUUUCGUCUAUGGGGAGCCUGGGGAGCUCCUCACUAAAGUUUGGGUGGAGGAACAAUACCUGAAAUAUCAGGAGGUGUCCAACAGUUCUCCUCCACGUUAUGACUUCCUAUGGGGUCCGAGAGCCCAUUCAGAAAGCAUAAAGUGGAAAGUACUAGAGUUUUUGGACAAGCUGAACAACACUGUCCCUAUUAACUUUCCAUCUUGGUAUAAGGAUGCUUUGAAAGAUGCAGAAGUGAGUGCCCAGGCCAUAAUUUCCACUACAGAUGAUGCCACUGACAUGGCCAGUGGAAGCUUCAGUUUCAUGUCAAGCAACUUUUCCCAUCCUGAGUGA